AUGGAUCAAGAAUCAAACUACUCCAUCUGCGAAAUCUGUGCAGAGAAGAAAGAGAUGAUCCAACUCAACACUUGCUCACAUUCAUUCUGCAGCGAUUGCAUAACCCAUCACAUUACAACCAAACUCAAUGAAAAUGCGAAACUCAUAUCAUGCCUCGGCUAUAACUGCGCAGGAACACUCGAUCUCGACUCGAUUCGGCCAUGGAUUUCAUCUGAAUUAGCUGUAAGUUGGGAAGAGAUGUUAUGUAAGUCGAUGAUUCCUGAAUCGGAGAUGUAUUAUUGUCCAUUUAGUGAUUGUUCUGUUAUGAUGGUUGAUGAUAGUAAUGGGAAAGAAACUAUUACACAAGCUGAAUGUCCUUUAUGUCAUAGAUUGUUCUGUGUACAAUGUAGAGUUCCAUUUCAUGUGGGUAUUGAAUGUGAUGAGUUCUUGAAACUUGAUAAAGAUGAGAGAGGAUUGGGAGAUUUGAUGGUUCGUGAAUUGGCGGCUAAAAAUAAGUGGAGGCGUUGCCCUAAUUGUAGAUUCUACGUGGAGAAGAAGGAAGGAUGUUUGCAUAUAACAUGCAGGUGCGGCUUUCAAUUCUGUUAUGCUUGUGGAGCCAAUUGGAGUACAAAUCAUGGGGAUGGAAGAAGGCCAAAACCUCAAGUCAUUGCUCUUCCGAAGCUCAUUAGAGUUCCGUUUCAGGGAAGAUUCGCGUCUCCCGUCUCGCUAAGCACUUAG